UCUUUUUUUUUUUUUUUUAUAUCUCUGAGGAGCAGAUUACUGGCAAAAGCUCAAGGACACAUAAAUAUGAAGACUUUGUUAAUUUGUUAAAAAGACAAGAAUGCUGUGAUACUGCAGCGAUUUUCUCCACUGACAACUUAUGAUAUAAGUCUACGUUGUCACACUUCUCUGUACUCUGGAUGCAGUGCUACUGAUCAAAUUCUACAGAGAGAGAGAGAUACAGGAUGAACUGAGAGCACAAUGUCACAGGGCAGAGGAAUCUGGGAAAGAAGUCAGAGGCAGGUGCACCCGUUUGCCCUCGCUUACCUUCUUCUCCUGGCUUCACCGUGCAUGGGCUUCCUGCCUAACUUUUGGUCUUGGGUGUUAACCCUGUCCUGGGAGUCGCACACUCACCAGUAUAUUACAGAGCGAACCAUCCUAAAUGUCACCCUGGAGACCCUAAGGGGAAUUAAGAAACCUGAGGGAAACCAUGAGAAAGAGCAGAUCAGACUAGACCGUGGAUUUUGGAGAGCUGUCGGAGAGGUGGUGAAAUCCAAUGCAGCCAUGGACUUCCGGAGCUCCACCAGGUCUGACCCAGUCUACCACUUUGAUUCAGAGCGUAUUGAAGACGCCACAGUCAUGUUACGACAGUUCUGGACAAACACCGUGCUCUCAGUACGGGCCAAAGAAUACCAAAGUGCCCGUCGUAGCUUGGGUCAGCUGUUUCAUUCACUGCAGGACUUCUACAGCCACAGUAACUGGGUGGAGAUGGGCCAGCACUCCAUAUACCUCCACUUGCUUCAGCCAGAGGAGCCUGCUGUGCCUGUAGCUAAAGAGGACACACCUACCUGUCUGGAGUGCUUCAGUACUACCUGUCGAAACAACCUUCUGGCAACACUGAAAACCACACAGGAAGACUCCCAGCUGCUCACCACUGGAUAUUUCAGCACUUUCCCCCCAAAACCUCAGGGUAAAUGCAGUCAUGGAGGUAUUCUAGACAGAAGCCGCUACAAGAGUGCCAAAGGGGGCAUCAACAAGGACAGCACCUCACCGCUCUUCUCCCCUCACCAUUACCUCCAUGACAAAGCUGCCACGUUGGCUACUGAGGCCACCCUGACUGUGCUGAGAGACCUCAGAGACACUGUGGGCCAUAGAAACUUUCUCAAACUCUUCAGUGUGAACCAGGGUCCUGCGCUGGUUUUUGUCAUGGACACCACAGGUAGCAUGUUUGAGGAGAUCUACGCUGCUCGUCUUCGGGCUCUCUCCAUCAUACAGAGCCGAGCCAACAGCCCAGAGCAGCUUGGUACCUUUCUGCUGGUGCCCUUCCACGAUCCAGGAGUGGGACCAGUAUAUGAGACUGAUGAUCCAGACCAGUUCAUGCAGCACAUGGAGAAGCUGAUGGCCCUCGGAGGAGGGGAUGAACCAGAGAUGUGCCUUUCUGCCAUCCAGCUGGCACUCACUCACAGUCCACCGCUGUCAGAGAUCUUCGUUUUCACCGAUGCUUCCCCUAAAGAUGCCCAUUUGUUCGAUGCGGUAAAGGCCCUCUCGCUUGAGAAACAGAGCAAGGUGACUUUUCUUCUUACUGAAGACCCCAACUACACCAAAGAGAGCCGAGGCAGACUGAUGAGGAAGAGGAGGAGUAAGGGCCGUUUAUCCCCUGAUCGUUUUGCUCUCUACUCUUCAUUGGCCUCUCUGUCAGGAGGACUAACAAUAUUCACCACCAACUCCGACAUACACAAGGUCUCUACAAUAGUGGAGGACAGCACAGCAGCUGACAAGGUGACCCUCCUCCAUGUGGAAAGUGACCAGGAGCUGAUGUCUGUUCAUACAUUCAGAGUUGACAGCUCAGUAAAAAAUGUCACCCUACAUCUGUCUGGCACUAUGUUAGAGUGUAUCCUUACCAGUCCCUCAGACCAAAGCCAGUCUCUGCUGAAGGAGGAAGGCCCCCUCGCAGAGCUGGAACGCUUUCAGGGACUGUACCGCAUCAGCCUCUUUUCUCCUUUACAGCCUGGCCAGUGGAAACUCCAAGCCAAGAGUGAAGGCCACCUCACAUUCAAUGUUAUAGGUGACAGCAGUGUCGACUUCCUGUAUUAUUUUGCAACUGUAACCAAUGAGACUCACCCAGGUCUGGCCAGAGUGGAGGGUAAUCCCAUUGCAGGUGUUCCUGCCUUACUGGUGGUGGCUGUUACAGGCCUGGCUUCAGAUAAGGAGGCAUCAUUUAGUCAUGCAACACUGCUGGGGGCUGAAGGGGAGAGUCUUCAGCAGGUGAAGCUGAACUCCUCCUCUUCAUCCAUCUAUUCUUUGGAGGAGCUGGUAGGCUUGGUGGACCCUGUCCCCAGAGUCCCCUUCUGCAUUCAGCUUUCAGGCCAGGACAGCAGAGGAAACAAACUGGAGAGGGUUUCCACAGAGAUGGUGCAGCCCACUCACAUUCAGAUACAGGUGCUUUCUGUUCCCCACGUCGUGCCUGGUCAGAGUGCAACGGUGGCCUAUGGCAUCCAAAACCACGGUGCGGGACGACUCUUUAGUUUGACAGCUGAUGACGACUGUGGAUUUCUUCAGACGAGAGAGCCGCGCAGGUUCCCUGUAUCAGAACAAGAGUCUUUCCAUGGCCAGGUGUCCCUCCACAUUCCUGCCACAGCUCAGGCAGGGGCGACAGUCACUCUUACACUCACCGUACACGAUCUCGAUUCUCCUGACUCCGAUUAUGCAGUGGCCUAUUUGACUGUGGUCCCCCAGGAUUCAGAUACAUCCCCACCAUCCUGCUCAGCUGCACGAAUCCAGUCUAACUGUUCUACAAUUUGUAAUGCAACUAGCUGGAGUGUGUCUCUGGCUGUUUCAGACAUUGGUCGCUCUGGCCUUCAUGCUCUCCAGCUGCAGACGGGUGAAGGAAUUCUGACUUUAUUCCGCAGUCCUCCACCUUCAGAGGACAGUCUUGGAGAACCUGACCUCAACCAGCAACAGAUACAGAGGGACAAAACUACAAAGGGGGGCUACCUCCAUCACCAGACUGGAGACCCCCCUUUGAAUGUUUCUGAAUGGGUGCUAGAUUCAUCUCGGUCACUGUGGGUGAGGUAUACAUCCAGCUGUUGUUCUGCUCAGGCAGAGAUGUUAGUUUGGGACAAAGCUGGAAAUAUGAAACGCUGCCAUCUAACACCUGGUCAGAAGCGGCAGCUACGAAACAGCAGUACAGAAAAUGGACAGAAAACGCCCACAGGCUGCUUUUUCUUGUUGUUAGGACUGCUGCUGUUUCCUCUGCCUUAGGCUGAUGUGAUUACAAAUGUUUUGCUGGUCAAUAUUAUGUGUUGAUCACUUCACUCCAUCAGUCCAGGUAGUGACGGUACAAAGCUUGUUCUCUUUUGGAGGACAAAAAUCAGAAAAACAAUGAAUAUUUUUUUUUCCUGAAAUGCACAGAGUAAAGAAUAAUUCAUCUUUUAUUGC